AUGGAAAAAGUUACUUCAGAGCAAUCUUCUUAUUAUCUUGCACAAAAUUUAACCAAUAUAUGGGCUUUUUCUAAUGAACAAAAAUAUGACUUUGUUGAUUCUCGUACAUCUAAAUUUUUAAUUACUUCUGUUGAUAAAGGAUCAUUAUUAUUGUUUAAUUUAAAUGAUUAUAAAUUUUAUUACAUUCAAUACUCAUGCCCUAAAACUAUUUCAACUGAAACUCAAUCAAUUUCUGGAACACCACUUUUUUUACGUAAUGUUGAUACCCAUUUUGUUUUAGCUACUCAAGAAUCACAUGUUAUUUAUUUCUACACUUUUAGUUUUACAUUUACAGACAAUGUACUCAAACUCAAUGACUUUAAAAAAUCAACAUCCUUUUCACUGACUGGUGCACAAAAGUUUAGAUACAUAAAUUGUGAUAGUGAUUCUUUUUGUAUAAUUUAUACUCAAACUGAUUCAUCAGUUGUUUCAUAUGUUGUUGAUAACUUAAUGUCAUCGGCUAAUACAAUAAUUAGUAAAGGAAAUGGAUAUUGUACUACACAAAAUACACCACCACUAUCAACAAGAAAAGAUGGAAUGGAAUGUGUGUCUAAAGAUUCAUUGACAGUUACAGGAAUUAAUCCAAUUUCAUUUUCAACAGGAUUUAGUGAAGAACCAAUUUCAGCUGUUGUAAGUAUGAAUAAUGAUGACCCAAUUUUUAUUGCUUUUUCAGGGAAAAAGGCAUAUAGUUAUCAAGGCAAGUUCCAAUUAUUUACCAGAGAAUAUGAAAUUGGUGAAACUGUUAUAGCUGCUGUUGAUCAUUAUGCACUUACAUAUUCUGGAAUUAGGUCGUUUGAUAUUGACUAUCAAUUACUUUCAUUUAAAAGCCCUGACCCACCCAAUUCUAGUUGUAGUGUCGAACCAAUAGAAAUAGUUUAUAAUGUCCCUGCAUUAGUGUAUCAUCCAUCAACUAUUGCAUUAACACAAUUAUAUCCAAAUGACUGUAUUAAAGAAGUUUUUAUUGACACUAACAAUGAUGUUAAUUUAAAUGAACAAUCAUUAGCAGAAUUUGAUUUUCAAUUAAAUAUUGGAAAAACUAUGUCUAUUCCAUUAGCAAGUUUAUAUUCACAAGGAUUGUUAAAAAUAAAUAAAGAAGGAAAGACAUAUCAAAAUGCUCUUCAAACAGCAUAUGGAAUGAAAAAAAUUGAAACAAAAUCAAUUAAUGGAAUGUAUAUUUAUUUCAUGAUCAAUUGGACAACAACAGUUAAUGGAAAACAUAAACAAAUUGCUAGUAUAGUUAAUAAUAACAAAAUAUUAAAAUUAAAAGGAACUAGUAUUACUUAUAAAAUUAAUGCUCAGAAAUAUAAAAUUAAUAUUGUCUUAGAACAAGACCAACUUUCUGAUUCUUCUUUUUGGAAAAAUUUAUCAUUUGACCAAUAUGCUAGUUUAAUUAAUAUUAACACUAUUUCAAAUAAAUAUUUAGUUCAAAGAAUUGUCGCUCAAUAUUGGAGUCUUCUUACUAAUAAAUACGAUACUCUUGUUUCAAAUAUUUGUAUCCCUUCUUCUAUUACUAAAGAAUUCGUUAGUUAUCCAGGUGUCUGUUCUGAAACAACUUAUCAAUACUCAUUAUCAACAUUAACUGGAAUAGAUGAAGAAACACCUAAUUGUUGUGGAACUUCAAGUUGUAAUGAAAGAGAAUUAGAGACUGUUACAUGCCAAAUUCAAGGUAGUGAUGUUUAUUCAUCAACAUUAUAUAAGUUAGCACUUCAAAAGAAAUAUGAUUUUAUUAAUGAAUAUCAAUGUAGGAAAUUAUACUUUAAUGGUGAAUUAAAUGCUACAGGCUAUGGAGAUUGCAUUUAUUCAAAAUUUGAAUAUCUCAUCAACUGUGAAGAAAAAGGUAUAACUAGUGAAUGUGCUAAAACAAUGUUCUCUAGUACUACUGCUACUACGAGUGUUGAAUCAAAAGAAGUUCUUUCAGAUUCUGGUGAAGAAGUAACUGUCUCUUCAGUUACAUCUGAUUCAACAACAUCAGAUAAUGUUGUUUCAACACCAGACACAUUAAACGUUACGAUUCUUAAUUUUAAGGUUCAAAAUAUAUUAAAUUCACAAAAUGACGAUCCAAAUCAAGAUAAUAUUAUUUUCCCUGUAGAUAAGUCAGUAACCAAAAGAAAAAGAAGAAAAAACAAUUUACCUCCAAGACUUAAGUUUAAUGCUCAUAGAAGAUUUACCUCAAAAAAAGGUGAUUCAAUUGAUUUACCUUCUAUUGAUCUUGGAGCAAGUGAUGAUGAUGGAAGUGCUUUUCUUGUGGGAGAUGGUCUUACUAUUGGAAAUCAAGAAUAUAUUACUGAUGAUUUCACUGUUUGUGUAGAAGUUAAUGAUUAUUGCUCACAACAAUUAGAUCCUGACCAACAAAUUGACUUAGUAUUUGUAAGAACUGGAGUAAAUGAAGAUGAUGAACUUGUUGUUUUAGACUCAAUGACUACUCCUGAUUAUUUAAAUAACCCAAAUACAAAGAAAGUAUGCAAUCAAGUAAGUCAACCAGGAACAGUUUAUCCAGUUGUAACACAAAUUCCAUCAAAGAAUAAUGUUAAUGACACAUCCCCAUUAAGUAAAAUUAUUAUUGGCAUACUUUCUGGAAUUUUUGUGAUUGCGUUUUGUAUUAUCUCUUCUAUUAUCAUUGUCAUUUUAAUCCGAAAACAAAUUCAUCAGAGAAGACUUAGAAUCAUUAAUGAAGCAUUCCAAGAAGAUUCAAUUUCUGACCUUUAA